GGGCUCAUUCGGCUCAAUUCAAAUGCUGAAGACCGGAAUCAAAUUUGUUGUUUGUCCUCCAACCUACGGGAGAGAGAAGACGGUUAGGGGAGAGAAAACCGCCGCAAUAGGCCUACCAUCUUCAACCUUCUUUCAUUACAUCUUUCUAAACCCUUUUCAUUCUCAGUAUGAAGAAAAAGAGAACCCAAGAAUCACAACUUUUGUAUGAAUUAGGAACUUGUUUGAAGCAAAAUGAUCUCGCAAAGGCAAUAACUUUAUAUGAAUCUGCUCUAUCUCAAAAUUUCCAUCUUUCUGCUGGUCAUUUUAAUGCAAUUCUUCAUCUUUGUUCUUCCCCUGAAAUACUUUCCUCACCAAGCAAAGAUUUAGCUCUUGAAAAAGGGUUUAAUGUUUUCCAUCAAAUGAAAACCCAGAAAAUCCCUCCAACUGAGGCAACAAUUACCCAAAUUGCACGCCUUUCAACUGCAAAAAACGACCCAGAUCAUGCUUUUAACUUGAUUAAAUCAAAUGGGAUUUUACCUAGAUUGAGAACUUAUAGUCCUGUAUUGUUGAGUUAUUGUGCUAAUUUGAAGGUUGAGGAAGCGUAUGAUGUUGAGGAGCAUAUGAAAAGUAAUGGGGUGAGACUAGAAGAGAUAGAAUUAAGUGCCCUUUUAAGGGUUAGUGCAGCGUUGGGAAAAGGAGAUAAAGUGUAUGAGUAUUUGCAUAAGUUGAGGGGUGUAGUGAAGGGUGUGAGUGAGGAGACAGCUGAGGUUAUAGAGAAUUGGUUUCGAGGGGUGAAGGCGGCAGAAGUGGGUGUUGAGGAGUGGGAUGUUGAAAAGAUGAGAGAACAGAAGGAAAGGUGUGGUGGUGGGUGGCAUGAGAAAGGGUGGUUAGGGAAAGGACAAUGGGAAGUCAAGAAAGUUAAGAUUAGUGAUAAUGGGGGCUGUCAUGGAUGUGGAGAGCAGUUGGUUUGUGUAGAUAUUGAUUGUGGGGAGACAGAAAGGUUUGCACAAUCUAUUGCUAAUUUGGCUAUGGAGAGGGAAGUCAAGUCAAAUUUCAAGUCUUUUAUGGAGUGGGUGGAUAGGCAUUCUGACUACAAGGCUAUAGUAGAUGGAGCAAAUAUUGGGCUAUAUAUGCAAAAUUUUGCUGAUGGGGGGUUCAGUAUUGCACAGCUUGAAUCUGUAGUGAUGGAGCUGUAUAAUAGAGAUAAAAAAUGGCCUUUAGUUGUUCUUCACAAUAAACGUCUACGGGCAUUCCAAGGGAACCCUUCCAGUCAAAGGCUGCUUCAGGAGUGGUUAGCUCAAGGCACACUCUAUUCAACACCCGGUGGAUCAAAUGAUGAUUGGUAUUGGCUAUAUGCUGCUGUGAAAAUGAAGUGUUUACUUGUCACGAAUGAUGAAAUGCAUGAUCACAUAUUUGAACUCUUUGGAAGCAGCUUUUUCCUCCAGUGGAAAGAAAGGCAUCAAGUCCACUAUACGUUUGUGAAAGGCAUCCCAAUCCUCAAAAUGCCUCCAGCAUAUUCUAUACUUAUCCAGGAAUCAGAGCGAGGAUCCUGGCACAUCCCAAUUGCCAGUGAAAACUCCGAUGAGCUCUCGAGAAAUUGGCUUUGCGUCACCAGAUCAAGUAGUUUCAGAGACAAGUCCAACGACUCUGAGUCGAUGCAUACAUCACUCUCAACACACAAUAAUUUCGUCCACGAUUCUCAUCGCAGUUCUGAAAAUGGGGGUUCAUCUUUGACUGGUAAACGGAAGGAGAGGGAACCAUCUCCACAUAGGCAGCAUUAGUUUGUCGGCCGCAGUUGUUUUCUUUCAUGUACCUUCAUUUCACGGCUCCUUCUGCUUCUCCAUGGCUAUGGAAUGAUCGCAUCAAUACCUGCUAAAUAAAGCCACAUUAGACUGUAAACUUAUCGAUUUAGCUGUUGCCGAAACGUUUGCUAGAUCAUGAUUUAAGUAUGCCAUCUCCUGUAUUCCAUGAAAUUCUUGUGAUGUCUGGAAAUAUUCAAAAGUAUUUGUGAGAACUUUUUUUUAAAGUAUUUUGUUAAGGACCUAAAAUAGAUGAAAGGUAUAAGCUUUGUUAAA